AUGUUCGACCGAACAGAGCCCAGUAUCGCCAAUCCACUGCUGGGUCCUCCUCAAGGCUUUCGCCAGUCAGAGCAUACUACUACAGGCAAAGCUAGCCAAUACUACUCUUCGGGUGUUCAAGCCAAGUUCCCCAAAAGUUUGUUUGCAGUUCCAAAGACCACGCCAAAGAUCGCUCAGUACGCAGAGAUAAGCUAUGAGUAUAAUGAGCAAAAACAUCUCGCGCGAACUCAGGAGAGAUUGAGAGUGGGUGGUCUUCAAACUGAACUUCCAACAGGCUGGCCUAAAAGACUGGAUGGACCGCUAUCUUCCUUUCCUCUUCCAAAUCUGGAAAAAACACUCCUGAAAAUUCGCGAUGAUGUGUACCAUGGACGAGGAUUUGCAACACUGCGAGGUUUCAAUGUGGAUCAGUUGAGCCCUGCAGAUGUCACUACGGCUUACCUAGGAUUAACAAGCUAUAUUGCUGAAAGGAGAGGAAAACAAAACCAACAGGGAACGAUGAUGAUCAACGUCGUCAACACCGGCAAAGAUGUCGAACGAGACAAUGCCCAAGUUCUGAUGCCUUUUCAUACAGACCUGGUCUGCGACACACUGUCCAUGCUCACGUUGUCCAGUGGCCCAAUGGGAGGGUGCGGAGUUAUCAGCUCAGCAUGGACUGUUUACAAUGAACUGGCUGAAAGCCGACCAGACUUGAUCGAUGUUCUGGCUCAGCCAAAUUGGCCGUUUGAUACCCAUGGUCGAGAGCCACCAUAUUAUCGACGUGCUCUCCUAUACUGGGAAGACGAGAAGCUCAUCACGAACUACUCUAGGCGCAUUCUUGUUGGCGAAAGCAUUGAACCUCGAACGCCAGGAAUUCCCGGGCUUACUGAAGCCCAAGCCGAGGCCAUAGACGCCCUGCAUGCUAUCGGACGUCGGCACGAACUCAAACAAUCUAUGCAUCAAGACCUCAGACUGGCUUGGGAGAGAGUCUUUCACGAUCCAGAGCGACAAGAGGAAUGGCACUUUGUCCAAUAUUCCCCCACUGGUGAGCAGUAUGUUAUACCAGUCUGGAGUAAGCCUGGCGGUGAUGGAAAGGGUCCAAGUCCCCCUCAACCACCCCCUCCAGUGAACAGGUGCGAUUAA